CAUUGUGACUGGUCACCAGCAAGAAGCAGCAACAAAACGUGCGCCGUAUACAGAAAGAAAACAAUAUAGCAUAAAUACCAAAAAUAUUGCCCAGCAAUGAAGCUAAGCACAUACAAUUUUCUCACUUCGAUGGCCAUAAAAGGCGUCAAGGUCGGCUAUCCCUUAAAACUGACGAUCAACAAAAAGGAAGUGGUAGAAACAGAAUUCAAUGCCACAUUUGUGGAACGACUUCUGCCCAAGCUGGACUGGUCAGCUAUUUACAGCGCCGCACAAGUGGUGGAACUCACAGACGAUAUACCAGCAGUGCAGCCGGAAAAUAUAGCGGAGAAUGAACAAUUAAUGCAAAAACUACAUCAUCUGCUCUUUGAGAUUGACGUGCUCGAUGGGCAACUGGAAUGUCCAGAGACGGGUCGGGUGUUUCCAAUCACAGAUGGCAUACCAAAUAUGCUCUUGAAUGAAGACGAAGUUUAGUUAAUACACGCCUCUAUAAACUAAAAUGCAUUUUGUACUAUACACCCACACAGACACACACAACCUAUGUAUAUAUAAGUUAAAGUGUUAGCGCUUAUAACAAUUUCAAUUUAGUUAAAACAUUUUUAGAAAGCAACGUCUAUUAAAAAUGUUAUGCAAAGCGUAAUAAGGAAACUUCA